AUGAAGUCCAAAGUAUUCUCUCAUCCAGUGACUGAAGUUGACACCGAGAAGGGCUCGACUAAUGAUGUACCUGUCGGGGAGGAGCUUAAACGAAAUAUGAAGGGUCGCCAUAUCAAUAUGAUAGCGAUUGCAGGUAUGAUUGGAACUGGUCUCUUUUUGAGUUCCGGGACCACAAUCGCCCUAGCUGGUCCAGCCGGUGCAUGGCUUGCAUACAUUUUCAUGGGAUUCGUGACAGCAGGAGUUAGCUACACAACCGGUGAGAUCACUGCGUUCAUGCCAGUCACUGGUGGAUUUGUGCGUCAUGCUACGGCAUUUGUGGAGCCUGCUUUUGGGGCUGCAGCGGGAUGGAAUUUUUGGUACACAAUGGCUAUAUCAGUACCAGCUGAAUUGAGUGCAGCUGCGACUCUCAUUCAGUUUUGGGAUUCAAGCACAAAUCCAGCGUCCGAAGUCAUUUUUGCUUCUAUGAAGAUUGCUCUCAUCAUUGGUCUAAUUAUUGCCGGACUAGUCGUCGAUCUUGGUGGUGGACCGAAAGGAGAACGACUUGGGUUCACUUAUUGGAAAAACCCAGGACCUUUCAACGAAUACUUGGUCAGUGGAAACACUGGGCAAUUUCUCGCCUUCUGGUCAUCUCUCAUCAGCGCUGCCUUCGCUUAUGGUAACAUCCAAGUCGUGGCGCUCUCUGGCACGGAAACAGCGAAUCCCCGAAAGAUUAUCCCAGAUGCCACGAAGAAGACAUUCUUCCGUGUCUUUUUCUUUUAUGUUUUGAGUAUCUUGAUAGUCGGAGUGAUUGUUCCAUAUGACAGUGAAGCUCUAUCUGUUUCUCUUGGAACAGCCGCCUCAUCUCCUUUUGUUAUUGCUUUUCAAGCCGCUGGAAUUAAGGUCCUUCCUUCCAUCAUUAACGCUGUUGUCUGUACAUCUGCUAUCAGUAGUGGAUCUGCUUGUAUCUACCUGGCAUCUCGUACACUUUAUGGCUUGAGUGCCGAUGGCCAUGCUCCAAAGGUCUUCAUGAAGUGUAAUCGAUUUGGUACCCCGUGGUAUGCCGUGGGUUUAAGUGUGCUCCCAUCGCCCCUUGUGUACAUGGUUGUCAGCACCCAAGCAUCAGUUGUCUUUGGGUGGUUUGUCAACAUUACUACAGUGGCGGGAUUAAUCGGAUGGGUUGUCAUAGAAGUUACAUAUCUCAGAUUCUUUUAUGCUCUGAAACAACAGUGUAUCUCUCGUGAUUCUUUGCCCUACAAGAGCCCUUUCCAGCCUUAUGUAGCAUGGAUUACAGGACUUAUUGUCUUCCUAAUUGUCUUCUUCUCCGGAUAUGCUGUCUUCUUCCCUGGAAAUUUUACAGCUUCUGGAUUUUUGACAUAUUAUAUCAACGUUGCAAUCUUUAUUGUGUUAUACGCAUUCUUUAAGCUGUUCCUGAAAUCGAAGAUCAUUCCAUUAGAUAGGAUAAACUUUGAACCCGAGCUAAACUCGAUACGCCGAUGGAAGGAGACAUCAGAGCUCAUGAAAGAAGACAAGAAUCUCGCAAGAAGAGUAUGGGAUAAGAUUUUCUGA